AUGCCACCAAAAGCAUCUAUCCCAUCAAAAUCGCAGGUGGAGCAGGAAGGCAGGAUUCUUCUUGCCAUUGAAGCUAUUCAGAAAGGCCAAAUCACUAGUAUUCGUGAAGCAGCGCGUGUUUAUGACGUCGCUCGAACUACUCUCCAGGCUCGAUUAUCUGGACGUGUUUUCGCUAAAAAUAUGACCAACGCACGUCAAAAAUUGUCAAAUAAUGAAGAGGAAUCGCUUGUUAAAUGGAUCCUAUCUCUAGAUAAGCGAGGAGCAAGCCCCCGGCCACUUGAUAUCAGAGAUAUGGCUAAUUUGAUUAUCUCUAAACGAGGUUAUUCAACUGUUGAACAAGUAGGCAUCAACUGGGCUUAUAGCUUUGUUAAACGCCACGAAUCCCUACGAACUCGAUUUGCUAGACGACUCAACUAUCAAAGAGCUAAAAUGGAGGAUCCUGAAGUUAUAAAAGACUGGUUCAAACGCGUACAGGAAGUUAUUCAAGAGUACGGGAUCUCAUCAGAUGAUAUAUACAAUUUCGAUGAAACAGGGUUUGCUAUGGGAAUGAUUGCUACAUAUAAAGUAGUAACUAGUUCCCAGAGGGCAGGUCGGCCGUCCCUAGUUCAACCAGGGAAUCGGGAAUGGGUCACUGCAAUUGAGUGUAUUCGCUCUAAUGGAGAGGUUCUACCUUCGACCCUGAUCUUUAAAGGCAAAACACAUCUAAAGGCAUGGUAUGAAGGUCAAUCUAUUCCUCCUACCUGGAGAUUUGAAGUCAGUGAUAAUGGUUGGACUACUGAUAAAAUUGGACUUCGAUGGCUUCAAAAACACUUCAUUCCCUUGAUUAGAGGCAAAUCAGUAGGCAAAUAUAGCCUCCUAGUCCUCGAUGGCCACGGUAGUCAUUUGACACCUGAAUUCGACCAAUCCUGUGCUGAAAAUGAGGUUAUACCUAUUUGUAUGCCUGCUCAUUCGUCCCAUCUACUUCAGCCUCUUGAUGUUGGUUGUUUUAGUGUGCUUAAACGCACGUACGGAGGCAUGGUUCAAAAGCAGAUGCAAUACGGCCGCAAUCAUAUCGACAAGCUUGACUUCUUAGAGGUCUAUCCUAAAGCUCACCAGUGUGCUUUAUCAAAGUCGAAUAUAAUCAGUGGUUUUAGAGCAACAGGUCUUGUUCCUCUAGAUCCUGAUCAAGUGCUUUCUCGACUCCAUAUUCGCUUGAAAACACCACCAACCCCGGAUAGCCAGUCAAGUGGCUCAGUGCUUCAAACACCACAUAAUAUAAAACACCUUUUGAAGCAUCAAAAAUCAGUGGAACGCCUACUUCGGAAACGGCAAGCAAGUCCAACUUCACCUACAAACUCUACACUACGUCAGCUUCUCAAAGGGUGUGAACUAGCAAUAACAAACUCAAUCAUACUGGCUAAGGAGAAUGCGGAAUUACGUGCUAGCCAUGAAAAGCAACUACAAAAGAGGAAGCGUUCAAGGAAGCAGGUGAUCUAUACAGAAGGCACUACCGUUGAAGAGGCCCAGAGAGCUAUACAGGAAGUGGAAGAGGUGCAGAAUGAUGAAGAUAUUGAGGUUGAACCCCAAUCUCAAUAUACGGAGACCCCCUCGCGCGCGCCUCCACGCUGCAGUAAUUGCUUCAAUAUAGGCCACCGACGUACACAGUGUUCUAAACCACCUACUAAUUAG